GUCAGCAUUUUACCUUGUCAAACAGGCAACUCUUUCCUAUUCAUGCGGUCAUACCACAGUUCGGUUCUCUAUAUUAGCCGUCCGAAAGAUAAAGUGAUAAACUGGUUGAUACCAUAUGAAAGAACAAUACCCCUCUGGUUCUUCUUCAAGGACUUUGCAGCUGCACGCAUGAUGCUCAAGCAGAAGAGUCUGUUUAAAGACAAGGUGUUUGUUGCACUCUCUGAGGAGCCUAGGGAUGGCCGGUCCAUACUGUCUUGGGUUAUUGAUCAUGCAUCUGAAAGCGCAGAGAUCAUCAUCGUCCACAUAGUAACUGCACCAAACUUUGAAAGCAGACAGCAAAUUUUGGACAGCUACCUAGAUCAGUGCUCAAGGAAUAAGGUAAGAGCUGAGAAACGGGUGUAUCUUUAUACCAAGAUAGAUGAAGGCCUUCUUAAUCUGAUAAAAAUAUAUGGGGUCACUGAACUUGUUAUGGGUGCAGCAGCAGACAGACAUUACAGGAGAAAAAUGAAAGCACCGCAGUCUCAGACAGCAAUGAGCGUGAUGCAAAAAGCCAAUUCACACUGCAACAUACGGUUUAUUUGCAAUGGAAAGCUAAUACUUUUCAGUGGAUGGAACUUUUCCAGGGAGGCAAUUUCCUGCCUACUGACCAAGUCAAAAUCAGCGCGACCAACUUCUGCUGUUCCCAAAAUGGAUCUUCAAAGUUUGCUUCAGAUUAAUUUAGAGGAUAAAAGAUUGGAAUAUAUGUACAUUAAGGAAAUGGAACUAAGGAAAGAGGUAGAAGCAGAACUCUCACAACAAAAGGAAGAGACAGAAACUCUGAAGGAAGCAAUGCUAGUGCUCCAAAAUGAGCUGGAUUGGUAUAAAUACCAAUGGAAAAAGAAUGCCAAUGCAUUGCAGGAUGUAAACCAGCAGAAGUGCCUUCUGGAACACCGCAUAUCAGAGUCAGACUCUAUUGCUAGCUAUCUAGAAGAGAGCAUGAGAGCUUCUGAAUCUCUUGUCCAGUCACUAAACUUGGAGUACAAUAAAGUGAAGCGGGAGCGAGAUGAUGUGGUUAAAGAGGCAAGGGACAUGCGUAUAGAGAAAGAGCUCACCGCACAUUGUGCCUAUGGAGUGAUGAGCUCCGGGUUCUCCUUGAUGGAGUUGGAGCAGGCUACCCAGGAUUUCAGCAGUUCACUGAACAUUGGUCGAGGUGGAUUUGGAUCUGUCUAUAAAGGUUUUCUCCGCAACACUACAGUAGCUAUAAAGGUGCUCAAUACCGAAACCUUGCAUGCCCAAUCACAGUUCCAGCAAGAGGUAGCUAUACUCAAUAGAGUGAGGCAUCCAAACCUAGUCACCCUUAUUGGAGCCUGCCCUGAAGCUUCAGCCCUCGUUUACGAGUUCUUACCAAAUGGAAGCCUGGAAGACCGACUCAACUGUGUUGACAACACCCUGCCUCUCACUUGGCAGGUGCGCAUCCGGAUCAUCGUGGAGGUUUGCUCUGCACUGAUCUUCCUUCACAAGCACAGGCCUCAUCCCGUUGUGCACGGGGACCUCAAGCCAGGCAACAUCCUCCUUGAUGCAAACUUGCUGAGCAAGCUCAGCGACUUUGGGAUCUCCCGUCUCCUGCUGGAGUCUAGUGUCACUGGCAGCGAUGCACACUUCACCUCCCAACCUAUGGGCACACCAGCAUACAUGGACCCAGAGUUCUUCGGCACAGGGGAACUGACGCCACAGUCUGACACUUACUCCUUCGGCAUUACAAUCCUGCGUCUCUUGACCGGAAGGGCGCCUCUACGCCUCACAAGGGUGGUGCAGAAGGCACUGAACGAUGAUGACCUGCGCUCUGUGUUGGAUCACUCGGCAGGUGAUUGGCCGCUGGUGAAGGCAGAGCAGCUUGCACGCAUUGGGCUGCGGUGCACGGAGCUUAGCAGGCAGAAGCGCCCUGAUCUUGAACGCGAUGUUUGGAGGGUGGUUCAACCUAUGAUAGAGGAAGCUCCUUCCCCAUUGUCGCAGUCUUUUCGAUCCGUCAGCAGUGAAAGUGGUACAGCUCUUACCACGCCAUCCUACUUCCUUUGCCCAAUCUCUCAGGUGAUCAUGAGAGAUCCUCAGGUUGCAGCAGAUGGCUUCUCCUAUGAAGCUCAUGCUCUUAGAGAUUGGCUGGAUAGCGGGCGCAACACAUCUCCAAUGACGAAGAGAGCUCUUCCAAACCGUGAUACCGUCCCCAACCACGCACUGCGUUCAGCCAUCCAAGAAUACCUCCAACAGAACAAGCUGCAAAAGCUAUUUGCACAUGGGUAGCAGCAGGCCAUUGUUGGAGCUUCAACUGUGUUCUAUCGUAGUAGCUUGAUUUGUGUUGUCCGCCAACUGAUAAGCUUAAUAUAAUCGAAGUUAAGGCAUGCCAUUUGAGUUGUAAACUCAAGCGGUGCCACAUAAAAGUCCCUUUUAUGAUUUGUACGUGAUGGAUCACGUAAUUCUGGGCUAUGAAACGAUUGAUUACGUACUUAUUUUAUCAAAUGGUUGGUAUGUCAACUGCUUUGAUAUGACGAUAAGAGUUAAUAAAGCUUCCUUUAUAUAAAAAAA